AUGUCCCUGUACGAAUACAAACAUCCCAUCAUCAACAAAGAACUGGCCACGGGGCCAGACGCCGGGUCGCGCAAGCAAUUUGCCACGCUGGAGGCGUGGUAUGAUGUGGUCAACGACUACGAGUUCCAGGCGCGUUGUCCCAUCAUUCUCAAGAACUCGCAUCGCAACAAACACUUCACGUUCGCGUGCCAUCUUAAGUCGUGUCCCUUCAAGGUGCUGUUGAGCUACUCGGGCCACAACAAGGACGGCCCCUUUGAGUCGCCACGUGAGGGCGGUGGUGCCGACGACGACGACGACGACGACGACGUCGUCGUUGCAGCUGGGGCUGGUGCAGACGGCACCGAUCGCGGUGGCGCGCAUGGCGCGCACCGCGACGACGUCAGCGCUGCCAUCGCAGCUGCAGUGGCUGCCGUGACCGACACCAAGCCAGGGCACCGUGGCGGCGGUGGUGGUGGUGGUGCGGACGACGAAGACUCCGUGGACGUUUCAGGACUGGACGCCCACCAACUCGGUUCCGUGCGUGGGCCCUUCACAGUCACGAAAAUCGACCCGUACCACAACCACCCGUUGGAAUCCAACCUGUCGCUGUCGAAAUUCGUGCUCACCAAAGUGCCCCGCAUCUUGCAAAACGACCUCAAGUUCGACUCCAUCUUGGAGUCGCUCUGCAACGACGACGACAACACUGUGGCCAAGUUCCGGGUCUCGCAAUACGUCGAGGAAAGCGGGAUCCUCGAUAUCCUCAAAGAACGGUACGGGCUCUCGGACCACGAUCUCGACAAAAAACUGCUGUCGCACAUUGCUCGUCGUAUCACCACUUACAAGGCGCGUUUCGUGCUGAAAAAGAAGAAAAACGGUACUUACGGCGUCCCAGCCAGUGCCAUGAGCGCAGCGGCCGCUGCCGCGGCCGCCAUCAACGUCAACGGCUCGAACUCGGGCUCCCAGACGCCCCACCACCAUCACCACCACCAGCAAAGCCAGCAACAGCACCAGCAACAACAACAGCACCAGCAACAACAACAACAACAACAUUACCAACACCAGCACCGUCACCCACAACAACAGCUACCACAACACGCUCAGCAACACUCGCCACAUUUGGGUUCCCCAGAUUUGGACAAAAAACGUUCAUACUCUACGAAUGAACCAAUCUCGGAUCAAGACGACGAAUUGGACCCUCGCAAACGGUCUCGUUCCAACAAAAUCUCUACUGCGGUGAAAAUGGGGACUCGUUCUUCUUUGGUCAACGAUCCAGGUCUAGCUCAAUUGGAAGAUGCUAACGACUCGGAAGACAACAAACUGCCCCAAGAUGUGGCCGAGCAAUUGCGUUUGUUGAGUUCGCAUUUGAAAGAGGUCGAACAGCAACAACAACAGCAGCAACAGGAACAUCAUCACCACCACCACCACCAACACCAACAACUUCGCGACGAAAACGACGAAAACAUUCAGCCCGAGUUGAGAGGCCAGUAA